UAAUUUCCGUCGCCACCUUUAAACAAUAUGGCUGCCACUGACGUUUUGUAAUUUAGUAAUGUUCUGUUAUUCCAUUAUUAUGUAGAGGCAGCAAAAUAAAUGUUAGGGCAAUGUGUCCAUUCCAGACACUAACAUUUAUUUUUAACUAUUCUAAUGAAAUCUAGAUCCAAUCAUUCUAGCAAAAUUGCUCAAAGAAUUAGAAUCUAGGCCACAAGCUUGCAACACUGUUCAGAAUACUUUUUCAGGCAUCACUUAAUCAGGGUAGAGUAAGCCUACUGAGGGACUGGAAAAAAGACUUUAAUCAGUUGUCUGGAGGCUAAAUCACCCUGGCUAAUAACAAUUCCAUGGUUUUCAAAAGUAGUUCCAAGAAUAGCCUUACUGGCGAAUUUAACUCUCAGACUCAAUUACGAGAUCCAGUAGAUGAGAGUUAUAUCAGCAGCAGCAGUUCAGAUGAGAGUGAUUGUGAAGCAGUAAGCCAGCCUUCACAACUUGUUGGAAACAGUGCUCAAGAGCUGACACUGGUGGAUGAUGAUGCUCCAUUGUUAGUGUUUCCCUCAGAGGAGGCAGGCGAAGGGGAUGAUAAUGCAACUGAAGGAACUACAACAGCAUAUAAUGAAGAUGAAGAUGAGUUGGAUGGUGAAGGUGCAGAAGAAGAAGAAAGCAAACUCACGAUAGGAGCAGAAGAUGAUACAAAGGAAAAAAAGAAAAAAAAGAAGAAAAGAAAGAAGUGGCUCACUAUUUGUCUCAGCAAUUGUAAAUAUGAUGUUGUGCGUCGAACAUCCAGAAAGUAUGGUUUUAGAGAGGUUUCAGAUGAAGAUGACUGGACUCUAUACUGGACAGACUUUUCAGUUGCCCUGGAAAGAGUCAUGGAUAUGAAAAAAUACCAGAAAAUAAACCAUUUCCCAGGAAUGAGUGAAAUAUGUCGGAAGGAUAUGCUGGCCAGAAACAUGAAUCGAAUGCAGAAGCUAUUUCCUAAAGAAUAUAAUGUGUUUCCCAAAACCUGGUGCCUUCCUGCUGAUUAUGGUGAUUUUCAAGCUUACACAAGACAGAAGAAAAACAAAACCUAUAUCUUGAAACCAGAGUCCGGGUGUCAAGGUCGAGGUAUUUGGGUCACAAAAUAUCCCAAAGACAUAAAACCCAAUGAGCAUAUGAUAUGCCAAGUUUAUAUCACCAGGCCUUUUUUGAUUGAUGGAUUUAAGUUUGACUUGCGAGUCUACACUCUCGUAACUUCUUGUGAUCCAUUCAGGAUAUUUGUCUUCAAAGAUGGUCUGGCCAGAUUUGCUACUUUCAAAUAUAGUGAGCCUAAUCAUAAUAACACAGACAAUGUGUAUAUGCACCUGACAAACUAUGCCAUAAACAAGCACAGUCAAGACUUUGUUAGAGAUGAUGAGGCAGGAAGUAAAAGGCGCAUCAGUACAAUCAAUAAAUACCUGAGAGAAAAUGGUUAUGAUGUGGAUAAGCUGUGGUCAGAUAUUGAUGAUGUUAUCAUCAAGACUUUGAUCUCGGCACACUCUGUACUGAAGCACAAUUAUAGAACCUGUUUCCCCAACCAUGUCAAGGGCAGUGCCUGCUUUGAGAUUUUAGGCUUUGACAUCAUUUUUGACCGUAAACUGAAACCUAUAGUGCUAGAAGUGAAUCACUCCCCAAGUUUCACCACAGAUGCUGAUAUUGACAGAGAGAUCAAAGGAGCUCUUAUUUGGGAUACCCUUGGUCUUGUCAACUUUGGUGCUGUAGACAGGAGAAAAUGUGUUGAAGAAGAGAAACGCAGGAUUAAAGAUAGACUUCUAGGAAAAUAUGUCAAGAAGGAAACAAAAGAAGAACUGGAAGCUGCUUAUAAUCAGUAUCUUGAACAAUUAGAGAAAUACGAAGAAAAGCACAUGGGGAAUUAUCGACGCAUUUAUCCGAUUCCAGGAACAGAAAGAUAUGAUAAAUAUUUUCAUAGUAGUGGAUCAUUGUUUCAAGAAACUGCUGCAUUUAAAGCAAGACAGGAAAUGGCCAGGCAACAAAGGGAAGAAAUCAUGAGAAAGAAAGAAAAAAAUGAGAUGAUGCUGAAAGGUAAGGCAAAAAAAGAUAUGCUUCGACCUGAAAGUCCUGGCAGAAGACGAAGAAAAUUAAGCAGUCGACCCACAUUACCACUCAGGCAUAUUGGCAAUCAACAGAUGCCAAACAAUGAGCCAACUAAUGGGACUGCCAUAUUGUAUUAUUCUAAAACUCUGCUAGCCAGAGAUAGACAACUUAGUUUUGAUGUCAAAGAGUGUGAACCAGUUGAUACUAAAAAACCCCAGGACAUUGUAGAAGAAGAAGAACUAGAGCGUCUGUCUGGUUUGCUCCAGAGAGAUAACUUGGUGCGUGGCUUGGGUGUUGUUGAACAUGCAUAUCGUCUGCUACACUCAACACCUGGUAUCCUGAACAAUGCCAGGUCAGAUCAGAGAGGGCAUGGUCUGACAGGUCAGGGACAUUUUCACACCCUGACUGCAGGUCACAGCAAGAUGGCUCUGCGGCUAGAAUUAGCAAAACAAGAACUUGAAAUGAUGAAGCCUAUUCCCAAUAAAGCAAAGGAUACCCAUUAUUAUAAAUGUCUUCUUGAUCGGUACUUUGGACCAAACCAUGUUCUGUGUAAAGAAGGUUCUUUCCAGCGGUUGCAGCGAUGUUUGUCAAGCAUAUCAUCUCCUGGUGUUCAGUUUAAAAAAUCUUCAGAUUAUCAGUUCCCACACAUUCGGUUCUCCAGAACAGUGGCUUCUCACACACCAUCAGAUCAAGUAUAUGUUAAUCAAGAGCUUCCACCCCAGAUGGAUGUCAUCAUUGGAAAACCAAGCUACAUUCAGAAGACACCAAACAGAGUAUUGCCAACAACCAACCAAAAUGACCGUUCUUUUCAGCAUUACCAGAGAUCAAGAGUGACUAAAAAAGCUUUGGGGGCAGCAUCUCGACCUGGUCCUAUUGUAGCAUCUAUUCAAGAGAUGGAUUAUCGAAACAUGGCCAAUUUAAUUGAUGCUAAAUCAGGUUAUCAAUUGGAAUGGCGUUCUGAUCUGAGCACCCCAUCAAGGGGACGUUCUUUAAGUGCCAAACAAAAAGAACAAGAUUUGUCUCAAACUUUGUCUCAAGGGCUGUCUGUUGUGUCUGCUCCAGCCCCAGUGGUAUACAAACCUGAUAUCAGCAUGUCUUUAAAUAAGGGCAAUAAUAAGUUAUACACAGCUCAGGCAACAGACAAUCAGAAAUCCCCCAACACUCAGCGCCUGCGAAACAUUCCAAACAACAUGCCUUUCCGUAAACUGGAAAUCAAUGAUAACAAUGCCUUUGUUUUUGGUCAAUAAGAAUAUAAAAAAAACAAGGAUCUACUUAUUAAAUCUAUAUUAUCUGUGAUAAGUUGAUUUUUUUAUAAUUGAAAAUAUUUAUUUAUUUUAUGAAAAGAAUAUUUUAUAUUUAUAUAAUAUCUAUCUUUUAAUUAAAGUAUUUUGCUACUUUUACGACUUUGAUGUAUAUAAAUUGUAUGUCUAGUGGAAUCGAUAUUAUGAAGAAACAAAACAUUAAAUAGUACAGUGUCUUUGUUGUUUGUUCAAGCUCCCAAUGUACUUCCAUUUUGUGUCAGUGUAACUUUGCUUUCUUUGUACCAUUACCUGUAUAUAUUUAUGGGAGAAAUGACACUGUUGUUUUUUUUUAUAAAAUAAAACUCAAGAAAAUUAGGCCUCUAUAAAAUCAAAAUCUAUCAACAAAUUUAAAACCAUAAUAUAAAGAAAAAAUCAAAACAAAAUUUGUAUUAACAAACCAGAAAAUUAUGUGUAAAAUCAAAUCAAUCGGAAGCUUUAUUCAUUGAAACCAUAAUAUAAAAUAUAAAAUAAUGUCAUUCUAUUGAAUUUUAAAUUUUAUUAAGUUUCUUUUUCUUGAAAUCAAUUUAGCAGUCAAAGUCUAACUUGUACUUGGACUAAAUCAGUGCAUUUUUUUCCCUUUUAUAUGCAUUACUUUUUUUAAAAAUGUAAUAUGCAUUUUUGUAAUAAAGGGUAUCAUAGACUAUUAAAGUUCUAUAAGCAGAAGUAUGUCUAGGUUUCCAGAGAAACAGUUGUAUAUGUUUCUAGCUUUGGUACAUUCCAAUGUGUCUAAUGUGCUUAUAAUAUUUUAAACUACUUUUAUUGACAUGAUGAUAUAUACUGAAAAUUAUUUCAAUGAUUUUUUUCCCAAUGUUCUAUUACUUAGUGCCUUGAUCCAGGCAACUUUUCAAAGCUCAAGUCUCCAGAAACUAAGUGGAGUGGAAAUUUAGUCAUUACAAUCAUUUUUUUUUUUGCAUUUCUCAACUUUUGAGACAAAGAUUUCUUAGCUUUGUAAAUAUAUUCUUGGACUAUUAUUAAAACCAAUAAAAGUUUGUAAACAGAAUUGAAAGAAACUUCCUGUGGAUUGAAAGUAGUUCUUGAAAAUUGUAUUUUGUAAUUAUGGACUGUAGAAAACAAAUGGUUGACUCAAAUAAAAGCCAAAAAGUACAUUUUAAAAAA